UCCGGGGCUGUGGCGUCAGUGCGGCUGCGCGCGAGCCGGGAGCCGCGGUACUUAACUUCGCCGCGCCGGGUGUCGGAGGUAGCCAUGCAGAGAGCAGGCUUGGAGCAGCCGGCUAAGCGGCCCCGCUGCGAUGGCAGCCCAAGGACGCCACAGAGCACUCCUCCUGCAGGAGCGAACCAGUCUGCAGACCCCGACUCCCAAAGCAGCGACCUCCGAACCUGGGAUCCAGAGGACGUGUGCUCCUUCCUAGAGAAACGUGGUUUCCGAGAGAAGAAAGUGCUGGACAUCUUCAGAGAGAAUAAAAUCACUGGUUCAUUUCUGCCCUUUUUGGAUGAGAAUCGUCUUGAAAAUCUGGGAGUAAGCUCCUUGGAGGAGAGGAAGAAGAUGAUAGAAUGUAUCCAAAAGCUGAGCCAGUCUCGCAUUGACCUAAUGAAGGUAUUCAAUGAUCCUAUUCAUGGCCACAUUGAGUUCCACCCUCUCCUCAUCCGAAUCAUUGACACACCUCAGUUCCAGCGGCUUCGCUACAUCAAGCAGCUGGGAGGCGGCUACUAUGUUUUCCCUGGAGCGUCACACAAUCGGUUUGAACACAGUCUCGGAGUGGGGUACCUAGCAGGCUGCCUCGUUCGAGCACUUGCCGAAAAACAGCCCGAGCUGCAGAUCAGUGAGAGAGAUAUGCUCUGUGUUCAGAUUGCAGGGCUCUGCCAUGACCUAGGUCAUGGGCCAUUUUCUCAUAUGUUUGAUGGAAGAUUUAUCCCACUUGCUCGUCCAGACAAAAAGUGGAGGCAUGAACAGGGUUCGAUUGAGAUGUUUGAACAUCUGGUUAAUUCUAAUGAACUCAAACUUGUCAUGAAAAACUAUGGUCUCAUCCCUGAAGAAGAUAUUACCUUUAUCCAGGAACUAAUUAUGGGACCACCUAUAACACCAGUCAAAGACUCUUUGUGGCCAUAUAAAGGACGGCCUGCCAAGAAGAGCUUCCUGUACGAGAUAGUGGCUAACAAAAGAAACGGCAUCGAUGUGGACAAAUGGGACUAUUUUGCCAGAGACUGUCACCAUCUUGGAAUCCAAAAUAAUUUUGAUUACCAGCGCUUUAUUAAGUUUGCCCGUGUCUGUGAAGUGUAUGAAGACGAGGAGAACUGUCCCCGUGAGGUGAAGCACAUUUGUACGAGAGAAAAGGAGGCUGGGAAUCUGUACGACAUGUUCCAUACACGCAACUGCUUACACCGCAGAGCUUACCAACACAAAAUCGGCAACCUCAUCGACAUAAUGAUUACAGAAGCUUUCCUCAAAGCAGACCCCUACGUGGAGAUUACAGGGACUGCCGGGAAGAAGUUCCGCAUUUCCACAGCCAUCGAUGACAUGGAAGCCUUCACUAAGCUGACAGAUAACAUUCUUCUGGAGAUUUUAUACUCUUCGGAUCCACAGUUGUCUGAGGCCCAAAGUAUUUUAAGGAACAUUGAAUGCCGAAAUCUAUACAAGUAUUUGGGUGAGACCCAGCCGAAGGGUAAGAAGAUUAUAAAGGAAGAAUAUGAAUAUCUUCGCCAAGAAGUUGCUGACGCCAAACCUGAAAUGGCCCUGGAUGUUGAACUGAAGGCUGAAGAUUUCAUAGUUGAUGUCAUCAAUAUGGAUUAUGGGAUGGAAGACAAGAAUCCAAUUGAUAAGGUUCACUUCUAUUGUAAGAGCAACAGCAGGCAAGCGGUCACGAUCACCAAAGAUCAGGUGUCACAACUGCUGCCAGAGAAGUUUGCAGAGCAGCUCAUCCGAGUGUACUGUAAGAAGAAAGACAAGAAGAGUCUGGGCGCUGCCGGGCAACACUUCAUCCAGUGGUGUGUGCUCAGGGACUUCACCAAGCCACAGGACGGUGACAUCAUAGCCCCACUCAUCACGCCUCUGAAAUGGAAUAAAAAGACUUCAUCUUCCAUCCAAGAAGUAUCCAGAGUAAAAACGUGUCUAAAAUUUUAAGUGAAUGUCUACAGUUAGUUCUUUGCAAAAACCUCUUUCCCUCUCACAGUUAAGUUAGGAAACAGAACCAGAGCCCACUAGUGAUUUUUAUUUAGUGUCUUGAAUAUAUGCUCAUGUUGGGGGAGGGGGAGAGGUCGUUUUUAUUCAAAAUGAAAAAUGGAAUAUUAACACA